CUCAGCUCCUUCAACCACCACCACCUCAGCUCCUUCAACCACCUCAGCUCCUUCAACCACCACCACCACCUCAGCUCCUUUAACCACCACCACCACCACCACAUCAGCUCCUUCAACCACCACCACCUCAGCUCCUUCAACCACCACCACCACCUCAGCUCCUUCAACCACCACCACCACCACCACCUCAGCUCCUUCAACCACCACCACCUCAGCUUCUUCAACCACCACCACCUCAGCUUCUUCAACCAUCACCACCUCAGCUUCUUCAACCAUCACCACCUCAGCUUCUUCAACCUCCUCCACCUCAGCUCCUUCAUCCACCACCACCUCAGCUCCUUCAACCACCUCCACCACCACCACCACCACCUCAGCUCCUUCAACCACCACCACCACCACCACCACCUCAGCUCCUUCAACCACCACCACCUCAGCUCCUUCAACCACCACCACCUCAGCUCCUUCAACCACCACCACCUCAGCUCCUUCAACCACCACCACCUCAGCUCCUUCAACCACCACCACCUCAGCUCCUUCAACCACCACCACCUCAGCUCCUUCAACCACCACCACCUCAGCUUCUUCAACCACCACCACCUCAGCUCCUUCAACCACCACCACCUCAGCUCCUUCAACCACCACCACCUCAGUUCCUUCAACCACCACCACCUCAGCUCCUUCAACCACCACCACCUCAGCUCCUUCAACCACCUCCACCUCAGCUCCUUCAACCACUUCCACCUCAGCUCCUUCAACCACCUCCACCUCAGCUCCUUCAACCACCUCCACCUCAGCUCCUUCAACCACCUCCACCUCAGCUCCUUCAACCACCUCCACCUCAGCUCCUUCAAUCACCACCACCGCAGCUCCUUCAACCACCACCACCUCAGCUCCUUCAACCACCUCAGCUCCUUCAACCACCACCACCACCACCACCUCAGUUCUUCAACCACCACCUCAGCUCCUUCAACCACCACCACCACCACCACAUCAUCUCCUUCAACCACCACCACCUCAGCUCCUUCAACCACCACCACCACCUCAGCUCCUUCAACCACCACCACCACCACCACCACCACCUCAGCUCCUUCAACCACCACCACUUCAGCUUCUUCAACCACCACCACCUCAGCUUCUUCAACCACCACCACCUCAGCUUCUUCAACCAUCACCACCUCAGCUUCUUCAACCACCUCCACCUCAGCUCCUUCAACCACCACCACCACCACCACCACCUCAGCUCCUUCAACCACCACCACCUCAGCUCCUUCAACCACCACCACCUCAGCUCCUUCAACCACCACCGCCACCUCAGCUCCUUCAACCACCACCACCUCAGCUCCUUCAACCACCACCACCUCAGCUCCUUCAACCUCCUUCAAUCACCACCACCUCAGCUCCUUCAAUCACCACCACCUCAGCUCCUUCAAUCACCACCACCUCAGCCCCUUCAAUCACCACGUCAGCUGCUUCAAUCACCACGUCAGCUCCUUCCAUAGUUUAGACAAAGCAGUUUAG